AUGGCUGCUUCCAAAUCGUUUAUGUUGUUGCUCGCUAGUGUUCUCAUAGUGGAAAUAAUAUCUGCAUUUGCACCUUCACCCAACCCCUCCGCCGCUGAUGUUCCACCCAACCCCGCCGCCGCCGUUGAUUUUGUGGAAAUAAUAGCUGCAUCUGCAUCUGCACCUCCACCAGGCGAGUGGUUGAGAUAG